AAUGCCUCGUUCAUUCGUGCAGGUACUGGUAACUAAACCCCAAUAACUUAAUUGUCCAGUGUGGUGGGAUGUUGCUUUUCCGCCGAACUGCAUCUCGUAAAGAUUUUGGAUAAACAACUCUUGGAAAUUGAGAAGGAGUACAGGUCUUCGGACAAUCGAAGCUGUGCCGUCCACGGGAAGAGAGGGACGUUUCUCCAAGUUGCUUGUGACGUUUAGCUCGUGUAUUAGUCAGUGACACGUUAGUCACGUUGUUGGAAAUUUGAAAGCUUGCCCAAAGAGCCUACUGGCAUUCAUUUGCGCUCGAGGGCACAGAGGGGCAUCGGAGGCGUGAAGGCGACUACAGAGUGACACCUACAGACUAAGGAAGUUGCGGGGCCCUCGCCGAGAAACUUGGAGGAGAGCAGGCGGAGAGAAGGGGCAAGGCGAGUCGAGAGGGGCUGUCUUUGCUUGGAUAAGAAAAAGCGGACCGUACAAGAAACUGCCGUGGUUGGUGGCUCCAGAUAAGAAGAUGACAGAUCGCUUGAGAUGCAAGAUGGAAGAAGAAGAAUCCGAGAUUGGUAUGCUUCGCGGCUACAUUGCUUUCUCUCGUCGUUUGGAGUACUGACCCGCUUGCCUGUCGCGACAAGUCACGGACAGAGGGUGAAAAAAAAAAUCAUUAGGAUAAGUGAACGAGACCGUAGUCGACGUGGCUGCGAUGAUCACCGAGCGCUGAAUCUCCGGUGGACUCUAUUCUCAAAUUCAUGGCAUCGCUUUGCGCGAAGUGGUGAGCAAGAGGCGCAGGUACUGCGCGGACAGCCGGCGCUCAGAGCCAGUCAGCCAGCCAGCGAGCAGCCGGCCGGGGGGAGUUUGUAUGAGAUCUCCACGCUGCCCUGUUCGCCUCAGCAGCUGCAGGCGGCGAUUCUUGAACAAUUCUGGUGGAUGCCUCCUGGAGGCGGUGGGCCCAUGAAAGCGUGCGAGUACAGUCAGAUCAGCACACGCAGCUCGUCGCCCAUGGAGUCCCCGCGCAAAAGGAAGGGCGCCAGGAGGAAAUGGCAAGUUUUCCCCGGACGGAAUAAAUUUUACUGCGAUGGUAGGAUUAUGAUGGCCAGGCAAACCGGCGUCUUCUACCUUACGCUGGUCCUCAUCGUGGUCACGAGCGGACUGUUCUUCGCUUUCGAUUGUCCAUACUUGGCAGAAAACAUUACUCCCGCUAUUCCUGUUGUUGGAGGUAUCCUGUUCUUCUUUGUGAUGGGGACACUCCUUAGGACGAGCUUCAGUGAUCCUGGGGUCCUUCCACGAGCCACACCCGAUGAAGCAGCAGACCUGGAAAGACAAAUAGGUAACGGGGAAGAUUUAGCAAAUGGCAGUAGUUCAGGAGGAUACCGUCCACCUCCCAGGACAAAAGAAGUGCUGAUCAAUGGACAGACAGUAAAACUGAAAUACUGUUUCACAUGCAAGAUUUUCAGACCACCUCGUGCCUCUCAUUGCAGCCUGUGUGAUAACUGUGUUGAACGAUUUGAUCAUCAUUGCCCCUGGGUGGGCAACUGUGUGGGAAAGAGGAACUACAGAUUUUUCUACAUGUUUAUUCUUUCAUUAUCGUCCCUAACAAUCUUUAUAUUUGCAUUUGUUAUCACUCACGUCAUCCUCCGGUCUCACCAAACAGGGUUUCUGAAUGCACUAAAGGACAGCCCUGCAAGUGUGUUGGAGGCAGUAGUUUGUUUUCUCUCAGUCUGGUCGAUUGUGGGCCUGUCAGGAUUUCACACGUACCUUAUCAGCUCCAAUCAAACUACCAAUGAAGAUAUUAAAGGUUCAUGGUCAUCAAAAAGAGGCAAAGAAAACUAUAAUCCUUAUAGCUAUGGCAACAUUUUCACUAACUGCUGUGCAGCUCUGUGUGGUCCAGUGGCUCCCAGUUUAAUUGACAGAAGAGGAUAUAUUCAGCCAGAUACACCGCAGUCUGUAGCACCAUCAAAUGGAAUCACAAUGUAUGGUGCAACCCAAUUUCAAAGCAACAUGUGUGACCAAGACCAGUGCAUUCAGAGCACUAAAUUCGUUUUGCAGGCAGCAGCAACACCCUUGCUACAAACAGACUCCAAUUACGGCAGUGACGAGCCUCCUCUUCCAGGUAAGACCACGCUUAGUGUCCCAUGUGGCACCCUACCCCUUGGGCAGCCAACGCCACCAUCAUCCACUCCAAACCUGACAUCAGAGGCCGUGCUGGCUGAUAUGCUGCAAAGACGCGAGGAGCAGGAUGGCCACCAUUUUCUAACACCAGAAGAGGCCCCCUCUCCACCAGGAAUGCUCUCCAUUGGGAGUCCUCUGACACACAGCCACACAAUGCACAUCUUCAACCCAGCCAGCCAGGACUCCUUGCAUGAAGAUUCUGUUCGAGGACUUGUCAAACUUAGUUCUGUUUGAUCCUGCUGUAUUCCAAAAGACUCGCUGGAACUGAUUUUCACUUUUCUAAAAAUAAGAAUGGCAAGGCAGUUCUCGGGAAUAUGCAGCCAUGGGGAUGUUUCAUUUUAUACAGGGCUUUAACUAACGAAAGACAAAAUGAAAACUACCCUACCAAUGUGGCAUGGCACUUUUUUAUUUCAGAAGCCAAUGCAAAACUUUAUAUUUAGUACAAAUGAAAGAAGCUAGUAUUCUGAGAAAGCAGCAGAAAGUCCUUGAGCGUUUCUUGAAGGGUUCUUCAUCUGUGAACAUUCUAGUUAUGUUCCUUUGGAAGAAGAACAAGGAUUAUGACAAAAUGUGAAUGGGAGAUUUUUUUUAAUGAAAGCCACAGUUUUUCUGCUUUUUAUUCUCAAUGGCUCCAACUGCACUAUUUUAUAAUUGACUUGUGUUAUGAGAGAGUGGCACUCUUGCUCUUCAGAGAACUUUCAGUCUUAAAUCCAGGACGCGUUACUCAGUAGCUUGAGGUUACUGAUUCUCCUUGUAUCAUGUUUAAUCUUUUUAUGUUUCACAGUGGUUUAAAUUUACAAUAUUGUGUUGUGCCAUACCUCCUCCCUUUUCUAAAUUGUUACAUUUCCUGUGGACAUUAAUAAAAUGAACAAGCUUU